UAUCAUUUGCUGAUGAUACCUCUCGCCAUACCGCUUAUACCAGUUGCAUUCCGGGUUUUCUCCCAAGGGGCCAGAGACCCACCACAUCUGACGAAAGCAGUGAUGCGUGUGUUGCAGCCAGUCAACAAGACAAAGGUUUCAAAGCGAGUGCAUCAUAUCAGUAAUUUAACAACAGCAUUAUCAGCGCUUCGACGCCGCGGCCUGGACUUGGUCAACAAUAAUCCAACUGACAUAGCCGAUGGCAAUCCUCGAAUUGUCCUUGGGCUCAUAUGGCAGAUUAUUCUUCAUUUCGAGAUUGAAAACAAUAUUCAGUUACUAAAGGAAUGGGGCUUUGAACUGGAAGUAACUAGUCCAUCUACAUCCAAAACCGAUGAAGAGAAAAGUAGCCCCUUCAGCAAAUUACCGCACCGAUUGCGGAUUGGGCGUCUGAAAGCCCCUGUGGAGAAAGUGGUAUUACGAUGGGUUAACGCUCAGCUUGCCAAGUAUGUAAAUUUACAGUUAUAA